AUGACUAUCUGGCCUGAGAAAACACAACUGCGCCGGAUGGCAGGCCAAGAUGUUAAAUGUGGAAAGUUAUAUCUUUCGCGACCGAUGAGCGGGAAAAGAAGAUGUGCGAUUGUGCAAGUGGCUGCAACUAACGCUGUCGACAUAUUUAAUUGUCGAGGAAUUGAGCAUGCCAAUACUUAUGUCCUCGCCCCUAUUCUCAUUAUCCUCCUAGCCAUACUCGCGGUGACGCAGAAAGAUGGCAAGACAUUCAGGAGAUCCGCUCUCCCCUUUCGCACCUUCGAUUCGAAUUCCCAGUUAAACCUAACUUGCAUUGAAGAUUUGUUGUUGAGAAGGGCAACUUCACCAGAAGCUCAUAUAUCGGAGAGUAAAGGGCCUACCGCGGAAGCUGGUCAAUCAUCGACAGCAAAUGUGUGCAAGGAAUCUGACUUCCCCGAGAACUGGUGGACUGGAGAUGAAGUGUUUCGAUUGGAGAGGCGGGCGAUCUUUAGUAAGACAUGGCUCUAUAUUGCGCACAUAAGCCGCUUCGCCAAACCGGGUGACUACCAUGCGUUUGAAAUCUGCGGAUUCCCCCUUUUUCUCAUCCAAGGGAAGGAUGGCAUUAUCCGCGCAUUUCACAAUGUCUGCCGACACAGAGCCUAUCCAGUCAUCUCAAUGAAGAAGUCGGGCUCCUCGACUGUGAUCGGGUGCAGAUACCAUGGCUGGAGCUAUAAUACCAGCGGACGACUCAUCAAAGCGCCGCAGUUUGAGUGUCUGGAAGGCUUUGAUAAAACCCAGAAUAGCCUCUUCGAGAUUCAUUCAGCAGUAACGAAAAAUGGGUUGAUUUUUGUGAAUUUGGAUGCAAGAGGUGAUCUGCCCGAACUUGGACUUGGUGGGCAUGGAAUUGGUAGAUUCACGAAUCAGAUAUCAAGGAAAUCAGUGUGGAUUGAUGGCUGGGAGAUUGGAGGCAAAUUUAAUUGGAAGAUGGCCGUUCGGAACCUAUAUGUCGACAAAAACACCGCAGCACGAGUGAAGCGAAAAUCGAGUAGCUCGAGUUCGAUUCUUCAAUCGAUCUUCGGCGUCACUAGAACGGGUAAACCCAGGUCAUUCAGUUUGGAUGCUUUCCGUACAACCUUGACCCAUCUUUCUGAAGAAGGGAGCAUCUGGUAUUCCGUCUCCAUAACUCCUAUAUGCGCAAGCCGCUCAAAUAUCCGCUGUGAUGUGUACGGCAAUUUGGCAAGGAAACAGGUUGAGAGUCAAGAAAUAUCAAAUCGCAUAAAAUCCAUCCUUGAAUCUAGAAUAGGGGAAUUCGAAACGGCGUAUGAGGCACUGGGAAGCCCCGGAAGCGUGAAAGAGGACAUAGACAGUGGGUACUCAAGAGACCUAAAACUCACCAAGAAGGACUACUAA